UGGGUCUUCUUUGUUAAAGUUUUGGGUCUUCUUAGCUUGUUCCUUUUUAUAACUUGAGUUCUGCUCUGCUUCUGUUUUUUUUUUUGUAUUUUGGUUUCUUUUAUUUUAUAUUGAAAAAUGGAAAAGAUUGAGUUUCUGAAUGAGGUCCAAGCCGCUGCAGGGAAGCUAAUCCACAGCUAUGGAGUCCCAGAUAUGGUCAUGUUGUUCCUAAGAUGGGUCACGUCCUUCGUUGCAGUUUUUCUGAUGAUAUUGGAUCGAACCAAAUGGAAGUACUCAAACAACAUAAUGACUUCACUAUUAGCUCCUUACCUCUUCUCUAGCCUUCCUAUUGUUAUUUUCCAGUUCUUGAGGACCGGGUUUGGGAAAUGGAUCGCUCUGCUCACCGUUGUUCUCAGGCUUUUUUUACCAAACAAUUUUCCUGAAUCGCUAGAUAUCCCAAGUGCAGCGAUUCUUCUUAUUGUGGCUACACCAAAUGAACUUGUGGAAGCAUUCAGAGACGACCUGAGAUAUACCGGAGGUAGUGUGUGCCUUCUCACGAGCUUUUACCUUCUCGAUAAACACACUAAAGCUUGUGGUGGUUUCAAAAAGUCAUUCACUGAAAAGGACAAAAUCACUUACACCAUUUGUCUUUUUAUUCUCUCUGUCUACCCUAUUUUGUCCGCAUUUGAUUUCCUCUUCUACUUAUAAGAACCCAACGAUCUUGCUGAUAUUGUGAUUGGUGGUAAGGUGGCGAGACCGAUCUUGUGUCUUGUUUUUGUUCGGUCGUGAAUAAAAUAUCAAAUUUUUGAAUCUUUUCUUAA